GGUACUGUGUGGUCGUCAACAAUUUCAAUGAUUUUGUCAGUUACAGCUGAGAGGGUAUGAGGACCACGGGUUGUUCUAUAAACUGAUUUCUGUUGGUGAUAUGCAGUGCUAAUGGACUAACUACAGCUCGGGUCGAUUCUACACACACAGAAGCGGAAAGGAACGGAGACUGGGGCUGAAAUUAACACAUUGAAAUUGAUUUCUUCCCGAAUAAAUGGAAUCUGUAUAGGCUGCAAUCUUGAAACACUAGAACCUGCAUCAGGGACAGCCAUGCAACACUGACAAGCGGAGGCCAGGUGAACAUUUCUGCAAUUCCGAAAUCUGCCAACGCCCGACAACAACUAGCAAUGGCUGUCCGGAUCUAGAAAUGGCAGACGGUUCUGUGGAUCAGAAUUGACAUGAUGCAGAAAUCAAAACAACGCAGCACAAGUCGAAGAAUCAAAGAUGGUCGCGAAAGUGCUAGCCCGGCACUGGGCUUUGAUAUUACGACUAACGUCAAAUAUGAAUCGAUGAGAAAUCAAGCACGACGUGGACAUCUUUAUCGGCAACAUAAAGAUCUCUCGAGAGAAUGCGACCGACAGAUACGGUCAUACGAAUUGGGUGAAAAACUUCUGGUGCUGGAGUUCAAACUUUACAGAAAGAAAUUCGAAACAAGACUAUCACAACUGAAGAGCAAAUCUGAAACGAAUUCAAAAAUGACGUACAGCUACAAUCAAUGGAAUUCGAAGCAGGAAUCUCCUCGGCAACCAAUCAAACAGAAACUUGUAAAUAACAGUCUGAACCCCGCCCCGACAAAGCAGGGACGGACCACUUUGUUGUUUAGUGUCAUGCACAGGGACGGAGAAGACAUCUACAUUGAAAAUCCAAACGACCGGUUUAUAAACCUUGGUCCGCCAAAGGCUCUUGGUAAAUCACACGACGAUUCACAAAUUGGUUUACGUCGAGCCGAGGUUCCUCGACCCCCACCCCACCUAGUACGAGAACUAACAAUGUAAUGAAUUGACUGAUAAUUGUUAUUGUUAUAUUAAGAUAGCUAAGUAUAUUAGAAUGAUAUAUUUUUAUACAACAGGGUACGCAGCUUUUAUAUCCAAUGGGUUUUCGCCGUUACUUUGUAUCAUGUAGUAUUAAACAUUAUAAUCAAU